AUGGGGGAUGUAGGCGUCUCAAUAUCGGAGAUCAUCGAGGUGCGUGGUUGUCGUCUGAACGACGACGAACUGCUGGCGUUGAUCAUAAUCGCUUGUGAACAACUCGCCAAAACACCCUCAGGACUUUUCACGCCGGACUACGUUUUUGUACAUAUGUUGGGCGAUUUAGAGAUACAAGUAGUCAGUGCAGAUAAAGUCAACGUGCAGUACACACCCCCAGAAAUUCUCGAAGGAAACACUAAUCCUGAUCCAGGUUGGAUCCAAAUUGCGAUUUAUGUGUUGCUCUCAGUGCCAUUGGAUUUGUUUUGUCCUCAUUUUUUCCCAUUCAAUUGA